UAAUUGUAACUUACAUGGGUGCUUUUGCUCCCAUGCUUCUUGUUUUUAUUUGAGUACUUUACUAUUUUGACUGUCUCUAUUUAUUCAACUUUCCAAACUUAUUUAUAGUGUUUAGUUUUAAAAGUUAAUAGGAAAUAGCUCCUAUUUGUGGCAAUAUUACGGAGAAAGUUGACUUAAAUCUCUGAUUAGAAGUAUAAUAAUGCUGGAAGCUUUGGGUAAGUUUGGAUAAUGUCUCGUAUCCUCACAUACGUAUUCGUAGAUUUGGAGACCACCGGUUUACCAGCCGAAGAACAUAACAAAACGAAAAUAACCGAAAUUAGUAUGGUGGCUGUGAAACGCGAACACUUUUUGGACACACGUCCCGGUGCGUCGCCCCGCGUGCAAAACAAGGUGACAUUGUGCUUGAACCCUGGAAGAUUCAUACAUCCCGAUUGCACCGACGUGACUGGCCUCUGUAACGAUCUGUUAGAACACGAAUCGCAGUUUGAUCUCAAAGUAUUUCAUAUCUUAAAUAAUUUUCUAGAUAUAUUACAAAAACCUGUGUGUUUGAUAGCGCAAAACGGCAUUUGCUUUGAUUUCCCCAUCAUAAGGAGACAAUUGGAAAAGUUAGGCGUCAGUUUCUCUGUUGAUCUUUUGUGUGCUGACUGCUAUCAUGCUUUCUAUGAUAUACUGGAAUUUCGAAAGAAUUCCGUGAGCAAUAGUGUAACCAAUGUGAGUUCCACUUUGGAUCAGACUGAUACAACAAUAACUGUGAAGAAAGAAAGUCCCCAAUCUAUUUUAAAUCAAGACAAUACCCUGGACAUGAAGUCUAAAAAUGAAACAACCCCCAGAAAGACGCAUAUAAAUAAGAUACCCCAUAGUUGUAGGGGUAAAGCAAAACGAAGAUUCCCAUGGUCAGGGCGGAAACCAGAUGAAUCAUACAAACUGAAAUAUAUAUAUGAGAGAGUGUUGAAUCGUCCCGCGAUAGAAGCUCACCGUGCAGAAAAUGAUUGCAUAUUGGCUUUAGAGUGUGCAGUGGCUCUGGGAAAAGACUUUGUAGAGUGGGUUGAUUGUAACUACAUUCAGUUUGCAGACAUAAGACCCAUGACUAUUGGAGUGCGUUUAGGGCUGUGAAAGUUUCAAGUAAAUUUUUAUAAGCUUUAUUUUUUCUACAUAUAGUUUAUUUUAUAUUUGAUCCCAAUACUUUGUAUGGUUAUUAAUUUACAUAAGAUAUGCUUUACAACUGUUUAGAAAAGAGUGAACAAUCUUUUAAUAGUGCUUUUCUUUAUAACGAUUAUGUAAUCUUAAAAAGUAACGGCAUGAGAAAGGUUUCAUUAAUACUAUAUAGGAAUUGAUAUCACUGUAUGGUUCACUGUAGCAACAGAUAUUUUAUAUAAAAUUACAAGAUCAUAAUGCAUUAUGAAUGACAGAUGUGUAGACAUCUCCAAGCAAAGCUUAUUUUUAAUCUUAUUUUUAAAAGACCUUGAAAACAUUUAAAAUAUUGUUUACACUGAUAUACCUAGGUUAGAAAAAUAGAUGUGUACAAGUUUGUGUAGAUUUGUUUUCAUGAUCUCUCUAUGGCUCAAAUAAAAUUUGAUAAUUUGUUAAGAUUUUUUUAUGAAUAUUUUGCAUGAGCACUGUUAAAAUUGUGCUAUUUACAACUGAAUAUAUACCAAAAAAUAUAAAUAUUAUAAUUGGAUAAUAAUUGUCUUUAAGUAUAUAGUAGAUUAAACAUAAUUUUUUAUUAAAGGAAUAUAUUUUUGCAU